UAAAAAGGCGAUGGGUGCAAAUAUAAUUUUGAUCAAAAACAAAGUUAAAUUACAUAACUUUCUUCAGCAAACUAUUUGCAUUCACCAACCUAUUUGUUACAGUGGAGUGUUCUAAUGUGUUUCAAAUUUUAUCAAACUGUUUCCAUGUAAACAAUGUUGUGUCAUGUCAGUGAGUGAAGUAGCAUUUGCAGUAUGGAAAUAUUGCAGAAGUUUAAGCAAAAUGGAUAUUUUACUUCAGAAUUGUACCAUUUACUUGCUAAAAAGAAAUUACUUCAGCCCUCGACAGAGAUAACUCCUUCUGAAUAUGAAAGGGAAAUGAAAAUGAGUACGCAGCAGCGGCUGCAGAAUUUAAAUAACAUAGAAGUGGAUAACCUCCUCCGUGCCAGCAACAAGGAAACCAACAAGCCUGUGUUGUCUUUCACGCCCAGACUGAUCGUGUUUCAAAACUUUAAGCCUAAUGAUAAGAUCGUCGCCAAAUUUUCUGUUAAAAAUAUAAGCAAGGGGCCGACGUUUCUUAACAUGGUGUACAAGGAGUCGUCGUAUUUCUUCAUCAAGCCUUGUGGUGGAGUGCUGCUGUCGCGUUUGGCUCCGGGGAUCAGCGUCACCUUCGCUGUCACCUUUAUGCCCGUACAGUACGAGGACUACACCCACAAAGUAUCUUUCUACACUGAUGUCGAUCAGUAUGUUUUGCCUCUAAUAGCCAUGGGUCCUAGACCAAUUUUCGAUUUCCCUGACAGAAUUGAUAUCCCACAGAUUCCUCUGAAAGUGGAAAACCAUGUUUUAGUGCCAAUCCACAAUAUUGGAAUGGUACCGGCGGGCUUUACUUUUAAUUGUAAAUGUCCGUUUUCAGUUCUACCCAAAUCGGCAUAUUUAAAUCCGAAACAGAAAAUCGACGUUAAAGUAACUUUCAAAACGAUGCACUUGGGAGAGACGCGUGGAAUAUUGAAUGCAUUGUUCGAAACAGGGGAAAACUUCGUCGUUAUGAUGUCAGGCAAAACAUACACGGUCAGUAUAGAGCUGGAGAAGCAAGUGGUUCGGUUCUUUGACACGUAUAACACUAUGAUGCGACAACAGACUUUCAAGAUAACUAAUAAAUCCGACCAUGUCCUUACUUAUAUGUGUAUGAAAAACGACUGUGUUUAUUACGAUUUUGAAGAGAAAGUCAAGUUAGCGACGAUAUUUUACAACUUGAAAUCGAGUGAAUCAACAAAGUAUACGAAGUUGGUGCGAUACGAUGUAUUGACUAGUGACGAACAUGAAAGAGUGUAUACUAGGAUAUUCUAUGAUGAAAUACAAGCACUCGUAGCAGACGAAUCAUUGCAUUUUCAGAAUACACACUUCACUAUAACACCAAUAGCUGGGAAGUUAUGGCCUAACAAAUCGACAGAAUUAUCAAUAACGUUUUGCCCUAAGGAGAUAGGAGAGUUUAAUGCAACAGCAUAUCUAGACAUCGAUGGCUCUGUGAACCGAGUGCCUCUGAAGCUGAUAGGAAUAUCGAUACCUCCCUCCAUUAAUCUGAAUGUUGAGACUCUUGAUUUGGACUGCGUGUAUAUUAACAAAACUUACAACUAUGAAGUCGUUGCUAUCAAUAAAGGCCAUAUUAAUGGUGUGAUAGUGUACAAGGAAGUUCCUACGCUGUUCGGCAGUACAAUAACUUGUUCUCCGGAACUGAACUGUCUAAGACCUGGUGAUAAAGAAAUAUUCAUCGUCUCCUUCAGUAAUUCCAAUCAAGGGCCGUUCUUUGAAGAGAUCAAUUUUACUAUUCGUGAUACGGAUGUUGUUUUAAAGCUGUAUUUAAAAGGCGAAGUGAUAUACCCGUCCCUUACUUUUAGCAUACCAUGUUUAGAUUUCGGAAUCGUUAGUGUAGGAGUACCAAAAACAAUGGAAUUGGAUGUUAUUAAUGAGUCAGUGGUGCAAGUUAGUGGAACUCUCAAAAUAUCAUCGGACGGACCUGAAAUAAGCAGUAUUACUUUGACCGAUUACGCAGUCGCUGAGAAACCUAAGCCUGAAAUUCCUCAGUGGCCCAGAGAAUUUAAGAUAGAGCCUUGUAAAGUUGACAUUGAUCCAGAAUCGAGAGUGUCGAUACAGGUGACAUUAAUAGCUAAUUUAAUACGAGCGAAUCAAACUUCUCUUGAGCUGGAGCUUGAGAAAUCCGACAGCCCUCCAAUCAUAGUCCCAGUGAUGUUCAAUGCGAUGGUACCGGAGAUCACGCCAGCACCAGAAAUCAGGCUACGAGCUUGCUUCCUGGAUUUCCCUUACGAAAACGAAAUUGUUAUAUCGUCUAAUAACAUUAGUGGAUACUUUACUUUGGAAGAAUCACUGGAACAAAACACAUUAGACGUAAAUGUCAAGAUAAAGGAAGGAUUUAUACAGCCAAGCAGUAGAAUAUGUUUACCAGUGUCAAUAAAAACUAGUAGUUUGGGACUGCAGAAUUAUGUAGUGAGAAUUUAUUUGUUUGGGAUGUCGAAACCAAUUGAAAUUUGUCAGAUAACUGGUUUUGGGGUACGUCCCAUAGUAACGUGUACUCCGAUGACGUUACAUUGGGGUCAGGUCAAGCUGCUAUCAAAAUCGCAGAAAGCGCUCACACUCUGUAACGAUUCACCAGUCUACGUCCACUUCAAGGCUUCCUUGUUGAGCAAAGACGGCAGAUGGCAAAUAUCCCCGACUGAAGGUUAUGUCGAGCCUGAAUCUGAAACGGAUUUGGUAUUAACGUUGUAUUUGAUCGACGCUGAUACAUACACCAAUAAAGCUGUAAUACAAUUAGAAAAAGUAAAGGAAAUCUUAGUGCCUUUGUCUGCGUCUGGCGUCGGAACGAGUAUUGUAGUCGGUGAGCUACGCGACAGGAUUGUUCUUGGGAAACAUUUCACUAAAAUACCCCUUAAUAGUAAAGUCAUUAUGGAGAAUUGUGGAACACGGUUACACGCGCUGGAGUGGAGUGAACAUUACAAAGCCCCAAAAACGAAACAACCCACAGCAGGAUUUUUCAGCUUGGACCCAAAAGUGUUUAAAAUUUCUGCUGGUGAAAAACUAGAGUUGUCAAUAACAGGAAUUUCGUAUAAAGUCACUACCGUUAAAGAGAUGUGGUAUUUAGUCGGCAGUGUUGAAGGAAUUAAUAAGAAGGAACUGCUAUUGGAAUGUCAAAUAGUGGCAGAAUUUGUUGAUCCCAAAAUAGAAAUAUCUACCAAUCUCGUGGAAUUUCAGUAUGACUUUGGUCCUUAUAGUGAAUACUACAAAUUGACAGAUAUUGUCACAAUUAAAAAUGUAUCGAAACUACCACUAGAUAUUGAGAUUUGUGCCAAACCACCGUUUGCAAUAAUACAAAAACAAAGCACUUACAAAAUUCCACAGGAAGAGUCCAACCUUUGCUGUUGCAUACGAUACAGAAAGUCCGAUUUAAAUCUAAAAAAUAUCAUAAACGAAGUGGGCCCUGCUCAGUCACGAACGUUUAUCGACUUCUUGACCUCAAAACCCGUUGAACCGUUACGGAAGGGCCCUCUACAUUUUUUCCAUGAUAUUAAUAAAAUUAAAAUGGCAUUCAAUCUCACUCAUGCACUGGAGGAGCGUUUAGAGGAUCAAGAAAUUAUGAAGUUGCAAAUACUCUUCGACACCACGAAGCAUUUAAAUCUGAAGUCGAAAGUGUAUUGCGACGUGAUGAAGAUCAAAUUUAAAGGCCAUAAGAACAAGGAUGCAUUAAAAUUGAUCGGAAAGAUAAAUUUUCCAAACAUAUUGGUUUUAUCCCCGAGAGUCGAUUUCCAGUGUAUUUUAAACGGAAGCAUAGAGAGCAAAACCAUAAAAAUACAAAAUGCGACACCUCUUCUAGUUUGUUACAGGUUUCAGUGGAAGAAAUGCUCAAUUACAAAAAUUCCAGUACCGGAACUAACAGAGCUAGAUUACGGAAAUACAUGCAGUCUAAUAAAAAGCUCUACUGAGGAACCCACUACUAUCGGUUCCGGCUUACGAGAGAUUUUACCAACUCAGACUGUUGGAGAGUCAUCACUCCAAGAUCCAAAGUUAGAUACAGUUAGUUGUAAUAAGGUACUCGCUAUGUUUCAAGAGAUAGUAACGAUCACAACUUGUGAGGAGACGUCGCAGAUCGAUGAAGAAGUAAUUAAAAUGCGAAUGAUGCAGAAAAUAGCACCCAUGAUAGAUGUCGAUUAUGACACUGAUUUUGAAUGGAGUUAUAAGUUUGCUAAACUACAGCCUUCCCAUAACAGAAAAGAUAUAAACGACGUUUUGCAGUUGGUCUCACAUCGUGGUCUCCUGAAACCGAAUGAGAUUCAAAAUGUGCACGUCAUAUUCAGACCAAAGCCAAACAUUAACGUACGGGCCAUUCUUGAAUGUGAAGUUUUGGGAGGUCCUCCAGAAACAAUCUUAAUUACAGGGUCCAGUUCCGACCUGAUGUAUAAAAUAAACUCACAACAAUUAAACUUUAAAAUAAGAUCAUUUCAUGAACAUGCUCAUGAAGACUUAAUAAUUACUAACAUAGCGCAACUACCCUUUACGUACAGAACGUAUUUGGACGAGCCUAAAUUUAAAAAUGAACUGGAAGGAACUAUCCUUGAACUAUUGCCAUCUGAAAAAUUAUUAGAACCAGAAGAGGAAAUAUCAAUGAAGAUCGUGAUACGGCCUGGUGUUGUGGGUUACUACCGCAGAACAUUCCUGCUGGAAAUUGGUCAUCUACCGCACAUUCCUAUAGAAAUUUUCGGAUGGGGAGUCAUACCUCAAGUGUUUAUAACUUUGUACAAACCGGAGAGUUUUGAAGAUCAUGAUCCGGAAAUAGGAUAUGUGGCCAUUCCUACGUUGACGCAACAAUAUUUGGCAGCAGUCAGUGAAAUUUUUAGUACAGGCAAAGAGGAACAUUUGAAUUCACCUCUGACAGACAAAUGCUUCGAAGAUCCUGACUUUCAAGAUGGAUGGCACAUUUGUUCUUCUUGGGAUGGUUACCCGACUAUUAUGGAUAUUGAAUUAGCAAAAGAAAGAAUAUCGGUGAUACAACAUAUACGGUCGCGUCCUGAAAUUUUAACUGCUUACUCUACAAUAGCUAAAAUGGGACCGAUACCGGGAUAUCUCACUGUGCCCUACGUUAUAGACUACGGCGUUGUUAUCACCGGGAGUACAGUGCAGUGCACGGCUGAAGUGGUUAAUUAUGGACCGAUUGUCACAAAAUUGCACUUUGCAAAGGGCACUUCUGUUCCCUCAUGGCUGGGUAUGAAGCUGUGUGGAAAGCUUAAUCCUGGUGAAACGGGGAAAAUAGAAGUUACAUUUUCUCCAACUUCAAAUGACUUCACGGAGUUAGAACAACAUGUUGAAACGUCUUUUAACGUAGAGGUGCCUUAUGGAGUAACAAUACCAAUACAGAUCAAAGCUCUCUGCGCUGUGCCCUACCUGGUGUCAAACGUAAAGGUUGUUGACUUUGGGUCUGUUCGAUGCGGCGACAAAAUUAUUUGUUCCAUACCUUUAAAAAAUGUUGGAAGACCUACAUGCAUUUGGUACGUUACCUUACGCCUUAAGGCUCCUGGUCCUAUACCUAUGAUGGUGCUUGACAGUUCAGGGAAAUACGAGCCUGGCCAGGGAGGCUGGCUGAGUGUCGCCUUCAAACCUACGAUGGAGAUGUUGUACGAAGGCCUAUUGAUAUUCAGAUUCCACAUGAACCCGAAUAGAAUGACGAUUCCAGUCACGGGGCAAGGAAUUGUGCCUCACGUGCAUAUAAUUGGACCCAACGUUAACUUUCCGCCCACGCUGCCCUGGGCCGAUACAACCGACAUUUACUUCGGCCUAACGAACCCUUGUCCUUUUCCUGUUGAGCUUAUUAUAGCUCACAGUGACGAGAAAUGGAAAGAGGAAGAAGAUAUAUUCCAGUUGCUUUAUAAGUACUAUAACAAGCCAGAAGAAAUGUUGGUCCCUGCUCUCAGACCAGGUGCAGGGUUACCACGAGAAAUUAUAAAUUUCUGUCAAAGUUUUAACGAACAUAUUAAAAAGGUCAAGGAGGAGGAGGCGGCUACAAACAAAGUUCUAACUGCAAGAGUUACAGCGGCUGCAAAGGUUCAAACCAGAAAAGCUAAGAGUCCUAAAUCAGCUCAGAAGACGGCUGUAACGCCCAAAGAAACACCUCCCAUGAAAGUCCGAACGGAAUCUGAAAUUGUUGCAGAUGAGAUAAAGGAACUAAAGGAAAGACAUGUAGAUCCCUUAAGUGAGUGUCUACAUCCGGUAGUAGACGAUGGCUCUGAAGGCUCCGGUGAUAAGCACGCAAAAGGCAUUCUAGUAUUUUUUCAUGGCUCUCCAUGCGAAGAGAUGCAAGGUCAAGAACUAGCUUAUGCUCUAGGAAAAAGGUUACAACUACCUACAAUAAAUAUGGAUCUGAUCAUAGUUGAAGCGUUAUGUGUAAGCGAGUGCGAGGCAAAAAUGAUUCUUGUGUCUGCCAUCGACGAGAAUUAUGAGGCUAUGAAAAGAAACACCAAAGCGAGCUCAGACUUUAAUGAAAAUGAGCACCCUGAAGAAGACUUCGAUGAGUAUGCUGAUGAAUUUGAAAUAAUUUUGAAGAAAAUUGUAUUCUUAGCUAACACUAAAAACAUGAAUACUCCUCGAUCAAAAGCUAGUGAGAAAAAGAAAAGAAGAUCUCCAACAUCGUCGGUGGCAUCUCAUACAGUGUUGGGGGCUAUGGGAUCUACCACGCUGUUUCAGAUGGAUUUAGUAGAAGAACUGCUUACGGAUUUCUUCACUCUACCUAAAUUUCACCGAGGAUUUGUGGUGGAUACGUUAUCAAGUAUAGUAGUCAAGAAUCCUCCAUUAGUGCUGAUGACAUUAAUAAAAUGUAAACGUCAUAUAUGGAACAUACAUUUGGUCUUAUGUCACUCUGACUUUUCUAAAUGGGCACAAGCUUAUGAUGAAGCUCAGAAAGAGGCCGAAGCGAUACUGGAUGAGGCACAGUCCAAGGUGUAUAAUGAGACAGAAAUACAAGAAAUAGUCACAAAUUUUGAUGACAUGGAUGCAGAAGACUACGAAAAUUCUGUACCUGAAUUAAAAGCCUUGUAUAUCUCGAUUGGUUUAGACGCUCGAAGAAAAAAAUAUUUGGAUAAAAUUGGAUAUACGGCUGAUAGCUCCAAAAAGGAUAAAUCAAUAAAAGAGAAUCGCAGUAAAUCAUUAAUCACAGUCGACGCCUCGGAAUCAAAGAAAAAAAUUAAAAAAGAAGAUCCCAAAGCAAAAGCAACGAGUGAAUAUGCCAUAAUGAAUACAAGAUAUAAUGAAUAUACGAAAGUAACAUAUGAACAGCUCAUUAAUAUUGCGAAUAAUUGGAUCUUAGAAGAGGCGGAUCUAGGGGCACCUUUAUUCACUUUUAAUGGAACAAUAGUAGGAGUAGGUCAAAAGAAAAUUAAGAAAAAGUCUGAACUCCAACUACAGGUUUCGGAAGUUAGUUUAUCCGAUAGAGGGUUUCCGAUCACGUUUGUUGUGUGUCCUUGUUUGCAAUAUAAGAACGCUUUAGUCAACAUGUUUGUGAAAGCGCCCGUCGUUAAGGAUGCGCUGAAAGAAGAAGAAGAAUUAGACGUUCUGAAAUGUCCAGUGAACAGAAAAGAAUUCACAGUUCUAUUACCAAAGACAUUCCCUUCGAUACAUCAUGAGAAACCUCUGAAGUGGUGGCAUUUGGACGAGAAACCGAUACGAAAAUGUGAAUGUAACCAAUUAACUGAUCUCAAUUUAUUGGAUGACACCACUCAAGACAACGUAUUAAACAUUCUUUCUAAAUGGCAUUGCACUUGCGGGAGAAAGGUGACGUCAACUCAAACUUCUACGAGUGAGAUCCCAUCGAUGUCCGUGGAAAGGGUCCAUAUUUUCGAAAACCAUGACGAUUUCCCAGAGUUAGACCCGCUACCGCUCUGCGCUGUUAAGUCGACACCAACCUUUGGAAAACGUUUAGUUCUACAACCCGGUGACCUAAUUAGGUGUAAAUAUUCAUUUAGUCCUCAAGACGAAGGAAACUUUAGUCUCAAGCGGUAUGUUGAAGUAAACGGUUGGCCUGAAUCGAGAGUCGAUAUCAACGUUAAUGGGAUUUGUGAUUUGCCGAGGUUGGAUAGCCGCCCCAAAAAGAUGUUCGAGAAUUUCGUUCGUAGGACUCUAGAAGAUAAUGUUUAUAAAUUAACGUAUUUGGAUGAUCUUAAAGUAUUUGAGUUCGGUCCAAUAUUUACGGGGAAUCAUAGGAUUUAUGAAGAACAUUAUACAAUCGAUUUGAAAAAUUCUUCCCUGAUGACUGCUGAUGUAGUGAUUGAGUUUCUGGAAGACACCACAGUGUUCCAAAUAGACAAAAAUUUCAUUAGUUUGGAGCCCGGAUGUCGUGGAAAGCUGACAAUAUCGGCAGCUCCCACUGAGAAAGGAGUGCACACAAGCGUAUUACUGUUCUGUGUCAAAGAUAAUCCUGAAAUAGUCAUGGUCAACAUUGCAUGCAGCGGAGUUGUACCUGUGGUUGAAAUUUUGCCACUUACUAAAGUUAUAGAAUACGGGAAGCUAUUGCUUUAUCGCCGCGAAGACGACAGGUUUAUAGUAAAAAACGACUCGAUCCUACCGAUAAUGUGGAAGAUACGGAACGGGCACGAGUUCAUAGAGGACUUUAUUAUAGCGCAAUCAUCGGGCAUCGUCGCCAGACAAGACAAUCAAGUGGUUCCCGUAACAUACAUUGCGUGCCGAGUUGGCGUUAUCCAGAACAAACCGCUGGUUAUCGAUAUUUAUGAUGCAGAAGGUCGUGGUGAUCCAAUGGUGAUAGACACUCUAUUCUUAUCGGCUGAAUGCUACGACGUGAUGGUCGAGUGUGCUCAUGAGAACCCCAGCGAAACAUACCUUAACUAUGGCAAUGUUAAAGUGAAUUCGACUAUUGUUAGAGAAAUGUAUCUGCUGAAUCGUGGCAAAUAUAACAUUUAUUACAAGUUGAAAAAAGUCAAGAAUUUCCCCGAGCCGUCGUUGUUGCGAUCUUUUGAGGCUAUACCGGAGUGUGGCGUUGUCCCCGCCUCGCUGAAGCUGGUCUCCAUCGAGUUCGAGUGUACUCCCACCACGUCCAUGAACCUCGUCAACGUGCCCGCUUACAUCUGCUCCUUGUUAGACGGCAGCAAGGACCAGGUUGUCGUGGCUAAGUUCCCUGUCUGCGUGACCAUAGCUUCGUUUUACAAUACGUUCACCCUAUUUCCAUUGGGAGAGCUGAAUUUCCAUAUCAUACCUGUUGGUAGUGGUAUAAUGAGAGAUGUAAUUCUCAACAACACAAGUAAAUGUCCUGUGACCUACGAGAUCAUUUUACCGGCGGCAUACCAAGUGGAUCCUCUUCAACCUUCACCUCCAAGUAAAGAGAAAAGUACUAAGAUAAGAAAUCCGCCGCUAAAAUGUGGCAACUUCCUCAUAAUGAACGAAGACAACCUACUGGCUCCCGGCACCAGUCGCACCAUACAAAUACAGUUCUUUGCAACAGCGGCUAGAAAGUUUGAAGAAACAAUUAAUUUCAUUAUCAGUGACACAUGCCCCGCUGAAGCGCAAGGGGUACCGCUAAGACUAGUAGGAACAGGCGCCAUGCCCACUUUGGACCUGUGGAAUAUCGAGACCACAUUUAGAGAACAUUUGAUAGUUAAAAAUCUGUGCGAAUAUAAAGUUCAUGAGUCUUCACCGCAUUGCGUUUUUGCGGAGAAUUCUGUGACAUUGCAUUUUUUCUGUGUCACAGUUGGCUCAAGUCACAUGGGUAACAUAGAUCUCUAUAACAAUGGACUUGUUGCAUGUGCCCUUACCAUGAAGUUACAUUACCAAACGAAUGCCAGUAGUCAUAUUUUCACUUUGGAUAAAUACGAAACUCACAUCGAGCCUUUGUUACAUAAGAAUCUGGGAAUCAUAUUUACUCCGAAAGCGCUAAGAGAAUACCGAGCAGUAUUAGAAAUAAAAUUGAAAUUACUGGACAACCAAGAACAAUCCUUCAAGAUUUGUCUUAUAGGAGAAGGUGUAAUUCCUAGGAUCAGCUUGAUUAAACCACGUGUUAAGCACCAUAGAUCCUCCUUGCUUCGUUUCCCAGUGACGUGCCUUGGCUCUAUUAGCCACAAACCUAUUCGCUUCAAAAAUAUCAGUUCUGUUAAAAGUGUGGUUACUUUAGACGUUAUGCAGCCAAUGAAUGAAGAAAGACCUAUUUUCUGGCUGGCAGCGGCAGCUGAAAGCGAACACAUGGUGCUUGAUGGAAACAAUGACGAAAUGAACUUGACUAUGAAAGUGGUACUACGACCAGAAGAAAUUAUAACAGUAAAUAUUUAUUAUAAUCCCAUAAGAAAGGGCCGGACAAGCUGCGAUGUAAAACUUAGCAUAGAGGAGAAUCCUUAUGAAUAUUAUACUGUGGCAGGCGAAGGAGAAUCGUUCAUGGAAGAUGUCAUUUUGGUUGGCCUCGAAAUGUUGUCCAUGGAUACAGAUCUCGAAGCUUAUAAACUGUCAAUGACAACUGAUGGUACUAUGUCUACUGUAUCUACUGUUGAAACAAAGAAAAGUAAGAGUGCGAGUAUUGAUAGGAAAAAAUCGAAGCAGUUAGAUAAGAAGGCUAGAAAGGCAUCGUCAAGUUCCAUGAGACACAGCUCUGAGAGCCCAAGUGCGGAACCUUCUCUUCUUAAAUAUAUAUUGGAUUUCGGUGGCUGUGAACUAUUUUCUUUACAAAGAAGGUCAGUUAUGAUGGUCAAUAAUUCCGAGAAAGUGUACAAGUUUAACUGGGCUGAAGUCGACUGCAUAGUGAUAAAACCCUCCGUGGGUUACAUAUCCCCGGGAGAGGAGAAAGACUUGGAAAUUAUGUUCUUUUCCGAUCACCCGGUCAUCUUUCAGAGGGAGUUCCUGACUUGUAAUCUGGUGGCGAUAAGUGAUGACUCCCUGACUCUCGACAUGAAGGGGGCUACUUGGGAUAAUCGGCAAAUUGUUACUCUGUUUGAUCACAACCCUGACUUAAGCCUGAAUCAAAGAUGUGAAAUUAUAACUGAUGAGCAGACAAUACCAGCGUCCGAAAGAUAUUUAGGAGCCAUCAACAUGAUCAUUGUUUAUUCUGCAAGGACAGAGUACACUAAAUAUAUCUGUUCACUUAAGGAAGAAAAGGAACUACCAGACACUUUCAUCUACAAGACAAGACAUUUUGAUUUCACCGUUGAGAAUGUUGGUAACGUUCCGAUGAAAAUUUUAUGGAAUUUUCAAAUUGACGAUGAAUUUCCAGCGAGGAUCGAUAAACAUUUUCCCAAAAAUCAAAAGUUACGACCUGAGGACCUAUUAAAUGAGCAUCCAAGACAUGAAAGUUUCAACAGUGUAGAGAUGGACACCAAUGAACCUAUGCCUGACCCUGAUCCCGAAACUGCCAGCAAAGUAACUCUGUUCAGUGGAAGUCAAGGUAGAGCAAGUGUCGACACAUGGUUUGAGGUCGACCUGCCCUUCCAAAUAAUUCCACUCAAAGGCUGCUUGAUGCCCGGCGAAACUAAAUCUUUUACGGUCACGUUUUCGCCCCUCGACGCCUUUGACUUCAAAGUGCGAUUGAAGAGUACAAUAGAUAAUUUAGACCCGUACGACCAAAAUAUAAUGUGCAAGUUAACGGCGAGGUCUUUGAUUCCGUUCGUCCAUCUCGACAUAGAAGACAGCGAUUAUUUGACAUCGGGCCGAAGGAAAGUCACCGGUGUGGCGCUACCUCCUCACAUGACCGUACUUGAAUUUAAUGUGUUGGGCUCCGGGUGCUAUAAGAAGAAGUUUAAUGUCAUAAAUCCGACCAGCGACCCGUAUGAGUUUAUAUUUGAGAUGGUGAUGUCUGACAAGCCGGAGCUCAUGCCGGUGCACUGCAACAUGCUGAAGGGAUACGUGGAGGGCGGCACGUCUACUGAAGUCACCUUUACAUUCUCACCUACUGCCCCGGGGGUUUACGAGUCCCAAUGGAAAUUCUUGAUACCAGUUCAUAACCUAACCAUGAACGUUUUAGUUGUCGGCUUAGUGAGAGAGCCUGACGUCGUCUUUGUGCCUACGAUCCUCAUUAUUAGAAACUCCUUAGUUGGCUUCACUUCUACUAACGUUGUUAUACUUAAGAACAAUGAAACUGAACCUUUGAAGUUCGAAUUCAAGGGAAACUCUCUGUGCAACGAAUCUGGGAAGACUCCUGUAAUUUGUGAACCUAACAGUGGCACACUGAAACCGCGAUCUGAAACACCAAUUAACAUAGUGUACACGCCGAUCCAAGACGGCCCACUUUCGUAUAAAAUAUUUUGCAGCGUAACAUACUUGACGAAGCAUUUAACACUAUGCGUAAACGCUUUGAGCUAUUCCAUUAAACCUAAAGUUCUUUACUAUUUGAUUGGUAACGAACAUAUACUAAGUAGUGAAGCUUAUACCAAUAUACAUUUGGAUCAGACUGCUUCCACAUAUGAAAGAACAAUACCGUUCACGAUAAGGAACGAUGGUUCCGCUACGUUUUUCUUUGACUGGAAUUACAACGGCUCCAACGUCAAAAAGUUCAUGCAGCUACAUGUGGACCCUAAGAGUGGCCACGUCACGCCCGGCAGUGACAUGGAAUGCACUUUAUUCUUCACUGUGAAGCAAGUUCCCGUCCAAGCCUUCCCGGUCACGCUUACUAUUUCAGAUGGUCCGGAAUACAAAAUAUUUAUCCAUGCUGAUAUUGAAAAGCCGUUAUACCACUUUUCUUGCAUGGAAUUUGAUUUUGGAAAAUGUUUUGUCAAUGCACCUGAUUCCACAUACAAAAGAAACAUUGCUCUCACGAAUGACGAUAAAGUGCCAAUAAUUGUUGACUUGAAUUUCUCGCAUCUCCCGGAACUGUUUGUUGACUACGAGAAGAUGACUGAAAUCGAACCAGGCAAACGUUUGAAGAUUGGAAUAUAUUUUCGACCAAAACAAGUGAAAGAAUAUGAAUUCACCUUGCAGUUUUGGGUGAACUCUCUAUGCGAAGAAAAUUUGACUGUUAAAGGAGAAGGAAUACCACUUCUAUUCGACCUCUACGAGGGAUGCCAAAAGAGCUUUGACUUGGGUCACGUUAAAGUGGGAGAAAAAUUAGUUCGCACAAUAGAAGUGAUGAAUCACAGUAAAGCAACAAUUGAUGCUACAUUCAUAUUUAGAGAUAUGUAUCCCGUAGUCGAAGAUACGACUCAGUCGGAUGCAACCAGUGUUUGUCUGAGUCCGACUACAGCUCAUCAGCAUGCCGAUACAGGGCCCUCCAGAGUUCAAAUGUUGCAAACUUAUAAAGACAACAAGGUACGGGAGCAAAUCGCGAUGGAUAUCCAAAACGCUCUAUCUUCAUUGAAAGUAAUACCAAACAAGUGUCUGAUAAGGCCUUACAGGAAAGUGCCCCUGAAGAUACAGUUCAAGCCUGUCGGCAUGAUAAGCACACUAAACGUACAACUCAAUAUGAAAGUAUUUCAAUUCGAAAGACCUCUAGUGCGUCUAAGUGGGUGUGCUACAGGAAUGAGUCUCGCUUUCAGCCAAAACUCUUUACAAUUCGGCCGCGUUCGGAAACGAGGAUGCAAAAUUCUCAAAGUUAUGUUACUUAAUAAAGGCGAUUUCGGAGCCAGGUUCUGGUGGCAACCUUUGAUAUCAGACGAGUUCACAAUCUCCCCGCAACAAGGCACGGUAGCGGCGCACACCAACGUUACAUUCACAAUAACCUUCAGGCCCGUCAACCACAACCCCUUUAUUAAAGUUUGGGCAAGUUGUAAUAUAGAAAACUACAAGCACCUUGAGUUGGCUCUUUACGCAACAUGCGUCGAUUUAGGAAAUAUACAGAACAAGACGCUGUACAUGGAGUGCCCUGUCCGCGACGUCCAAACUUCUUUCAUCGUUGUGACUAAUCCCACCGAUGAUCUAUGGUUUAUACUGUCAGAAGUAUCAGGUGGCCCAUUCGAUACUCUCAGGGAAUUUAACGUAGAGCCAAACUCGACGUUUGAUAUUCCAGUCAGUUUCAAACCAAAAAGUAUUGGAAAGCAUGAAAGUCAAGUACUGUACUCCCCACUUGGAGAGAGUGCAUUGUUCGUGACAUUAUUAGGUGUUGCCCAACACCCUAACCCUAACGGCACAAUCAAUUUGAGUGUUGCGGCUAAGGAAGUUCACCUCGAAGAGUUGCCGGUCUAUAAUAUUACUGAGUUUCCAGAGUCCUAUAGGGUAACAACAGAGUUGGUAAGGAUAAAUCCGGAGAAAUUCGAAGGAUACUACGAGAUAAAAUGCCCAGAUGUUAUCAAGACGUGGGGCGAGGCAGCCGCCACGUGCCGAUGGACUUUCGUUUGUUUUGAAGAAUGCGAAAUGGCGCUCAAAGUAAUGUUCAUAAAUGAGGACACUCGCGAGUACCAGUAUUACAACAUAGACGUCGUCGUGACUCACAGUCCUAUCGUAGACACCCUGACUUUUGUAUCGCGCGCACGCGAAUCGGUACAAAAAGACAUCGUCAUCAAAAAUCCUCUCUCGAAUGAAGCUGAUUAUUAUGUCACGUGCGAAAAGCUUGAAUGUCCCGAUGCAUUGAAAAUUGGCAGAAAUUCGGAGGCAAUAUUAACCAUGACAUAUUCACCAUUAGUGGAAGGUGAAACUGAAGAUUUUCUAGAAGUGAAUAAUUAUUUGGUAGGCACGUAUGUAUACAGGAUAAAAUUGAAGUGUCUACCAGCCAAAGUAAAGAACUUAGAAUAUACUACUUCUCUAGGAACUAACAUAGCCAUACGCCUGAAGGUUAUGAAUCAGACUGACUCGCGAGCUGACUUCGACUGCACGGUAUCUCACCCAUCAAUAAUAGCUGAAAAGGAGUAUUCGCUGGGAGCCUUCGAAAAAGGAAAGUUUCUCGUUUGGUUCGAACCUACCGAGCUCGGCGUACAAAACUGCAGAGUUGCUUUUACAUCACUUAUUGCGGGUGAAUUCAUAUAUAGCAUAAAAGGGAUUGGCACAGAACCCAAGCCUAGAGGACCAUACGAAAUUAAAUCGGGUGGUUCAACAGUGAUCAGAUUUAAAAACAUCUUUGACGACACCAGAAUGUUCAAAAUAUACGUGGACAGAGACGAAUUCUACGUGAAAACGUUAUAUGAGCCUAUCAGAUCGAAGAAGGAACUAAGGAUUACCGUGCAUCUAGCUGAAAGGCCUUCCCAAGGAUGGCCUGAAGUGCCCACGGGUACGCUCACAAUAGAGAACUACGAGCCACCAAUACCCAAAGUAAGCUGGACCUUCUUCCUGCAGGGCAAACCUUAACCUGUUUUUCCUUGUUAUUGUUAGUAUUUUAUUUUGUAUUUCUUUGUUUUAAUGUAUUGUGAUCAAUAAAUAUAUACAAA